GGUGUGAUUUGAUGACAGUGUCAGAGAGGAGCGAGGGCGGUGAGUCAGCGGAACACACGUUAUAUUUAUCUCCGUUUCCCCCGCGGUAUAAUGGCCGUACCACCGAUGUACUGCCAAUACUAACCAAUACUAACCAAUACGAACCAAUUGUCUUUGAUUGAUGAACCGUCGAGCCCGGCUCUGAGGAAACAUGCAUCGCCUCCAGCUCUUUAUACAUCGGUCUGCCCCGGUUCCCCUCCGGUCGACGUCUCUGUAUUCACAUUUAUGGCAGCAUGCUCGGUUUAAAACGCAGGGCCCUACGGAGCAGUACGGACUGAAACGGUUCAGCACGGCAGAGGCCACCGUGGAGACAAGCGACCCGGCCAGGAUGCGAGAGAAGACCCUUACCAUGGCGACCCUAAACCCGCAGGUGAAGGCGGUGGAGUACGCCGUGAGAGGACCCAUCGUUAUUAAGGCGGGAGAUAUAGAGAGGGGGCUACAGCAGGGAGUGAAACAGCCUUUCACGGAGGUCAUCAAAGCCAACAUCGGGGAUGCCCACGCCAUGGGCCAGCAGCCAAUCACCUUCGUCCGUCAGGUGGUGGCUCUGUGUUGUUUCCCAGAGCUGUUGGACAGUCCGACUUUCCCUGAUGAUGCCAAGCAACGAGCCCAGCGCAUCCUACAGGACUGCGGAGGACGCAGCUUAGGCUCGUACAGUGCCAGCCAGGGAGUGGAGUGUGUCCGCAAGGACAUCGCUGACUACAUAACACACAGAGACCAGGGCGUACCCUCUGACUGGAACAACAUCUACCUCACCACAGGCGCCAGUGAUGGCAUCAUGAGCAUCCUGAAGCUGCUAGUAUCGGGUCAGGGCCGCUCCAGGACAGGUGUAAUGAUCCCCAUCCCUCAGUACCCGCUGUACUCUGCAGCCAUCUCAGAGUUAGAGGCAGUGCGCAUUAACUACUACCUGGAUGAGGCCAAUUGCUGGGCGCUAGAUAUUGAGGAACUUCAGCGAGCUUACCUGACGGCCAAGGAGCACUGCCAGCCCAAAGUCCUCUGCAUCAUCAACCCUGGAAACCCCACCGGUCAGGUGCAGAGUAAGAAGUGUAUAGAGGAGGUGCUCCACUUCGCCUAUGAAGAGAAUCUUUUUGUCAUGGCUGACGAGGUUUAUCAGGAUAACGUUUACUCCUCAGACUGUCAGUUCCACUCCUUUAAGAAGGUCCUCUAUGAGAUGGGCCCUGAGUACUUCAACAAUGUGGAGCUGGCCUCCUUCCACUCCACCUCCAAGGGCUAUACAGGAGAGUGUGGUUUCCGUGGAGGCUACAUGGAGGUGUUGAACAUGGAUACACAGGUGAUGGCUCAGCUAGUCAAACUGCUGUCCGUUCGCCUCUGCCCUCCCGUCUCAGGACAGGCCGCAAUGGACGUCAUAGUGAAUCCCCCCAGAGAGCAUGAGCCCUCGUACGCUCAGUUUACUAAGGAAAAGAGCUCAGUCCUCGACGCUCUGGCUCACAAGGCCAGCCUGACGGAGCAAAUCCUAAACUCUGUGCCUGGUAUCAAGUGCAACCCAGUCCAAGGAGCCAUGUAUGCCUUCCCUCAGAUCUUCAUCCCACCACCAGCAAUUCAGGAAGCCCAGUCUCUGUCUAUGGCUCCUGACAUGCUGUACUGCCUCAAGCUGCUGGAGGAAACUGGUAUCUGUGUGGUCCCAGGCAGCGGAUUCGGCCAGAAGGAGGGAACCUAUCACUUCAGAAUGACCAUCCUUCCGAGCCCAGAGAAGCUCAAAGUCCUCCUGGAGAAGCUUAAGGAGUUCCACCUCAGAUUCCUUGAGGAGUAUUCGCAACCGGAACCUCAGAUCACCAGCCAAGGCCAGCACAGAGAAAUGUCAAAGCAACCAGACUGAUGGCCCACAGGCUUACUCAGAAUGAUCUGUUUGAAUAGACAGCUUGUGUAAUGUUGAUAUUGCUUUGAGUUUACUCUUUGUUUUUAAGGAUUUGUGUUACAGAAAUGUGUGCCUUCCCCCCAGAGGAUAUUUAAAGAGGCAAUGAAUCCUCUACCAGUCUAGACGUGUGGCCCUCUCCCAAGAGCCCUGAAUAAGAGAAAAGACAGUAUAGCGACACAGGAAGUAGUUCUUUAUGCUCAUUGAUCUGUGCUGUGCGGCUUUGAGGUGAACUUCCACUGAGAACCUUGCAUUCAGCCAUCUGCUCUUUCCCUUCCACACGCAUCCUUUUCAUGCUUAGGCCAAGGAUUUCACACAUCAGCUUGUUACACACAUAUUAGGCGUAUGAGGAGUUGUGUGCCUCUGUAAAUGUCUCUGUAAAAGUGCAGCCACAGCGUUUUUCAAAUGUACUUUUUCUGUUUGUUUUGGUUAUGCCUUACAUAGCAUUAAAUAAUACAUAUUGUGCCACUGGUAUGUAGCCAUGGAGAGAGUUAGGUUUCAAUUGUUUUUAGAUAUCAGUCUCUAAGAAUUCUGCCUCCACUCUAGUACAGUGGAUCUGAAUGGUGUUUUUGUUAUUGUUUUAUUGUUUGUUUAUUGUUUUAUAGUGAUUACAGAAACUAAACCUAAACAACAAAACAGGUUUUUUUGCCCUCCAAAAUGACCACCAAAUCUUUUUUUGUUCUAUCAAAAAGUGACUAUAUUAAACGUGGCAUGAGUGUGUUCUGAUCAGUCGCCUCUGUGGUUACAGUUUGGUUUAGGAAAGUAAAACUACGUAAUGUUUGGAAAAGAUGUUGGUCAUGGUUGACUGUUGGUAGGAGACAGACAGGAUAUUAAAUCAGUCCCUCCAGGAAGUUGCGAUUGUAACAGUUGGCACAAACUUUGUUAAUCACUGCAACUUUACUGCAAUUUUCACCAAUCAGCAGUCCCUGGUGCAAAAGGUUGACCCAUACAUCACCAAACUACUAGCAAUAUUAUUCUCUGGAACAAGUUGCCUUUGAUUUUUAAUGAAUUAUACAAACAAAUAUCAACUAUUUUUACAAUUUGUACUUUCUCCUGCAAUUUCAUCUCAAAAAAGCCUAGAGACAUCGCAAGACAUUGCAUCAUAAUGUUUUACAAAACCAUUUUUGGCUGCAGCAAUGCCAAAAAAAGCUGCAAAAUCCUGGAGGGACUGUUCAGUGUUACCACAAUCAUAUCCUGGCUUGUUGCAAAGCCUUUGAAACAGCUUUUAGACUAUCAUGUAUGACGAUUUUACCAAAAUAUAAUUAAACCGUUAAAUAAAUGAAUGAAUAAAAUAAAUAAAAAAAUA